CUCGGGGGUCCCCGGCAGCGCCUUCGCCGCAAGGAGCAGCUACUGGUCGUGGCCAGACAAGUGGCUUCCCAGUGCCAGCUGCUUCAGUCAUCGCUGGGCCGCCUGUCCUCCCCACAGCUCCCCCAACUGCCUGAUGAGCCGGUGUCACUCCAAGAUGCUCCGGGGGGGCUUUUCCAGAUGCCCCCUGGAGACCCCUUCCCUGAGCGGGUGACAGUAGUCUGGUUAUCAGUGCUGGCCCUCGCCUGUGCUUUGGUUUGUGACCCCCAGGAAAAUCUGUCCUUGGCUGAAAUCACCCUGCGGCGCCUGGCUCCCCGUCUGCUCAUCUCCUUGCGGCUCCUCAGCCCUGGUGCUGAUGUCCUGCUCCGUCAGGAUGCUGCUGAUGCCCUCUUGGAUCGUCUCCUGCCCCAUGGGCAGAUGCUUUUUCUCAAUGAACGUUUCCUCCAGGCAGUGGACCGGGAGCUGGGCAUCAAAGCAUCCCGCUGAGCUACAGAUGACAUCCCUGCCCACCACUUGGAUAUUUUUCAUUGGGGAGAGACAAGGGAAGAAUCCGAGAUGGUCGCCAAGCCCCAGCAGGAUGGAUGGGAAAAGUAGCUCAGGAAUAAAGAGCAACAUGCCGGCAAAGAGUGGGAUUUUAAUCCAUUUAUCCCCCAACUUUGUUGUGGGAGAGCUAAUAGCCAUCCCUAUAAAUCCAUCUGGAGCUGGAACAGUGCCGUGUUCCUGCACCGUUUUCCCGCGCUGUAUUCUUGCACCGCUCCAUGCGCUCGUGACAGCGGGCGGUGGCUCCGCAUGGCCAUGAAUGGACAUUAAAAGAGGGAUGCCGGGUUACCCCACCUGGAUGUUACAGGGCAGGUGGGGGGUUCCUGGCAGGGGAGACCUGGCUGUAGGCAGUGCAGAACCCCUCUGCUGUGGGAUGGGAGCUCACCUCAGGACAGGAGGAACCCCAGGGAACAUGGGGAAGCCGGGGGUGUGCAACCAGGCCUGGUGCAUCAGGGUCACUGGGUGGGGGAUUUAUUUAAAACAGGUAGCGAGGCAAGAUGUGGCCGUGCGCCUGACACAGCGGGUUGGUUGUCACCGAGUGAUGCUGCUUGGGAACAGGGGACCUAUGUGACAUCCUGGGAGGUGGCUGGAGCCGGCACCAAACUGCACAGCUCUUCCAGCUGCCACCAGGGUGCAGUGGGGAUCAGGGCUCUAUCCUAGCAGUUUCUGAGUGCUGGGAGAGUCAGGGAACCAGGAGGUGGCAUGCGUGGCUCUGCCUGGAGGCCCCUGACCUACUAUACAAGCACAUGGUAGUGGGUUUUUGAAAAAGGGGUAGGAUGAAAAGGAAGAGAGAAAAUAAGAGAUGAAUUAAAGGGGCAGAGAAAUAAAGAGAGGAAGAAAGAGAGA